AUGCCUCCUAUCCAAGCUAAAGUUGAAGGUCGUGGUAAUGGUAUUAAAACUGCAAUUCCUAAUUUAAGUGAAGUUGCUCGUGCUUUAGGUAGACCACCAUCAUAUUUAAUUAAAUAUUUUGGUUUUGAAUUAGGUGCUCAAACUUCUAUUAAUGAAUCAACUGAUCGUUAUUUAGUUAAUGGUGUUCAUGAUCAACCAAAAUUGCAAGAUUCUUUAGAUGGAUUCAUUAAUAAAUUUGUCUUGUGUGGUUCUUGUAAAAAUCCAGAAACUGUUAUUAUUAUUACAAAAGAUGGUAAUUUAAUUAGAGAUUGUAAAGCUUGUGGUCAAAGAACUUCAAUUGAUCCACGUUCUAAAUUAGCAACAUAUAUUGAAAAAAAUCCACCUGAAUCUGCUAAAGGUUCUGGUAAAAAGAAAAAAUCUGCUACUGCUUCUGCUAAUGUUGUUGGUGGUGGUAUGUCAAUUUCUGAUAUUGCUUCUGGUAAUAAAAAAACCACUGAACCAAAAGAAGAUGAAGGUGAAAAUUCAGAUGAUGAUGCUUUAACUAGAAAAAUUAAUGCUGAAGCUUCAGCUUUACCAACUGCUCAACCAAUUGAUGAUGAUGAUUGGGCAGUUGAUGUUUCAGAAGAAGCUGUUCGUAAAAGAGCUUUAGAAUUAGAAGCUUUAAAUUUGGAAAAUGGUGGUGAUUCCGCUUUUGAUCAAUUUGGUGAAUGGUUAUUAGAAUUUGGUGAAGAUAAAGAUGAAUUACCAAAUGAUGUUGAAAUUUAUAAAAAAGCUCUUGAAUUAGAAAUUCAUGAAGAUGUUAAUACUGUUCAAGUUUUAGCUCAAACUUUAUUUGAUGAAGAAAUUGUUCAACAAAUUGCUCAACAUAAAGGUUUAUUAACCAAAAUCAUCACUACACCAAAACAUGAAAAAGCUUUCUUAGGUGGAUUAGAAAGAUUUUUAGGUAAAGAUAAACCAGAAUUAUUAUCACAAAUUUCUAAAAUUUUAUUACAAGUUUAUGAAAAUGAUAUUGUUGAUGAAGAAACUAUUAAAGAUUGGGGUUCAAAAGUUUCAAAAAAAUAUGUUUCAAAAGAAAUUUCUAAAAAAGUUAAAAAAGCUGCUAAACCUUUCAUUGAAUGGUUAAAUCAAGCUGAUGAAGAAUCAAGUGAUGAAGAAAGUGAUUAG